AUGCUUGACAUUCUAAAGAAUAAACCUGAUCCAGAAUCAAUAGAAGAAUGUAUUCUAUCGGUAGACUCAGCCUCUCAGGUCGAAAGUCUUCGAUUGGUUUCGCUCCUUCUACAAUAUACCAUCCCGGAGGUAUUCCGUGAGCUCCCAAGCUCUACAAGAGAACAUAUCAUCGUCUUGUUCCGAACUGCUCUGGGCCUCGGAAACCUCGUUGGUCGCAUUGCAAUGUGCAUUAGAUCAAAACCAUCUGCAGCGAAUGAACAGACCCUACUUGCGUAUCUAGAUUUGCUUGACCAUGUCUUUCUGGCUGAAUUGGUGUAUACUGCUUUGAAAGUUGAUCUUAGUAGAAAAGCAAUCUACACUAGAGAGCUAGAAAAACUUCUCUUCAGGGGUAAGGCAUUCUCUGUAAUAGGCGAGUUGAGUCUGGUCUACCCAAAUAUCCAAGUUCCAGCUGUUUUUCGUCACAUGGAUGCUUACAGCAGAUACUUGGCAAAGGAGCUUCUAUUUCUUGAUGAUCCGACUCCAUUUGUCUCUCCUCUUUUUUCUUUGGGUAGUGGCCUGCUGAAUCAGUUCAUUGAUGUCAUGUUCACUCCCGAGAAUAUUCCUAAUUUAAUCACCAUGCGCUCGAGUAUGAAGAGAUACGAGCGAAAGGCCUUCAUCGCUAAGUUCUUCGAUUACUCAACUACACUCAUACCUAAAGAUUUCAUUCAUAAAGAGAAAAUCAUUGCACUCUAUCAACUUUCCUCUCAAUUCCUAGACGGAUCGGUAUGGGACGAGCUUACAAUAGAAAACCUAUUAGCAAGAUGUGAUUAUUCUCUCAAUCUAUUGGCAGCCCUUCUUAUAGAUGAUAGUAUGGGCAUGUCCCGAAUUCUCAUUCGUUCAUGGGGAAACAAGAAUCUUAUGGAAAAAGAACCAAUUCCAAUGCAACAAUUCCGCACCCAUUUGCUAGCUUGUGUAUGCUCUCAAUUACCAAAGGAUUCUCUCAAAUCAAUGCUCAGGAGCUCGGAAUUCUUGACGGCCAUGUCAAACAGACUUCAGUCGUUCUCCAACAAGGUCAAAGCUCUAGGUAUUCUAUUUGCAGAUGAGCUAAGUAGAGUCUCGGAAGAGAAAACAAUCUUUUCCAUAGAUGUCUCGGAUGAAAUAAGUAUUCCCGCCGUCAGAAUACUCAAGUCAGAAAGUACUGGAGUCGCUGAUGAAGCUUGGGCAAAACUCCAACAACCAAUAAUAUCAGAGGUGGCGUCAGUAGAAAUGGGCGAGGUCCAGGCCCUUAUGAAGCCCAUGAAACUUGCUGAUUCUGUUGCGGAGAAUCUUUCUGAUGACGAGGAUGAUCCAACAAUGGCUACAUCGUCUAAGAAAGUCUCAAAUCCUAUUUAUAUUAGAGAUAUUCUAUCAUACCUCUCUGUUGAUACUAAAGACCCUCAGGCCUAUGAAAAGAGAAAAAUCGCACUUCAAACAGCCCCUCGGCUUCUUCUUCAAAGAAAAGGGUUUGGUUCGGAAGUGGCAUUUUACGCAGAGAGUCUAUUAACUCAGUUGACAGCACUCACAAAUUUCUAUGAGGAAGAUGAUUUUGAAGCUCAGAGGUUGAACGCCAUGAUAGCAGUUGUUGAAUCAAGUCCUCAAUCAACUACACACAUAUGUCAUUUGCUCCUCACUGGUGACUACUCUCUCCAACAGAGAAUGUGUUUGCUUUCAACUAUGGUUCUCAGUGCAAGAGAACUCCGUGGAUUUAAGAGAGAUGGACUCGUGAAAAAGGAGCCGCAAUUUCCUACGAAGAUGCUUCCAAACAGGCUCCAUAGCAUGUAUCUUAGCAUGGAUGACGAGACUUCUCGAGUUCAGCAAUUGAUACAAGACGAGGUUAUGUCAGAACCCGCAGAAGAGGCUAAAGAUCAACUUGCCGGAGGUAAAAUACUCCGAAUCUCCUCAGGUUUGAAAAGAAAGGCUCAAAACAACGACCUGCUUAUUUCAAAAGACCAAUUGCGGGCAUAUGGGUCAAUUGUCGGAAAGAACUUUUUCUUUCCCUUGGUCGCCGUUUGGUACGAGAGUGGUGGAAUCGAUAUUGGCCAUUAUUCGCCAAUAUUAAUUGGACAUUUCAUCAAGUCACUCUCUUUGAUACUUCAUAGUGCCUUCCCAGUUGCAGCAGAGAUCAACGAUAUGGUUCGCGAAUUCUUGGGAAUUGUUGUUCCGGUUUUACAGAGGACUACAGCAGAUCAGUUACAAAUUAUUGAAAGUUCAGUUACAGGGCUAAUGGUUGUAUUGGAUGUGGUGGACGAUUCGAUUCUAGUUUCUAAUUUUGAUCACAUGGUAUCUGCAGCAGCCAAUGCCAUCCAGCAAUGUUUCGAAUUAAUCAUUGACGACCGUAUCAAGAGCUUGUGCGCUGGGUUUCUCUACCGAGUUGCAACACUCCGCCAAACUCUCGAGAGAUCACUUAUGGACCAAAUGAAUGGGUCAUUCUAUUCGUAA